CGCCAACUUUCCCCUCUUCCACCCGCCAAUCUCCAGCUUCACGAUCCUCCUUCCCCCAAAGAAGCAGCCAUGGGAGUUCCCUUCGAUUAUGCGCCCGAUCGCCCGGAGCACAUCGAUGCCAUCCUCAACGGCCUCGAUCGCUACAACCCGGAGACCACGGCGGUAUUCCAAGAAUACGUCGUCCAGCAGUGCGAUCAGAAAUUUUACGACUGCUACGCCAACCUCGCUCUCCUAAAGCUGUACGUAACCCCACCUAUUUUCGAAGUCUGCGAAAGAAAGUCACCUGUCAAGUGAUGAUCGUUUGUAAACGUUUCCUAUUACCUGAGGGCAACGAAGAAAACCUUCUGCUUUUUGAAGUUCACCAACACUAUCUGAAAGACACCGACCCCCCGACCUUUGUUGCGAUGCCCAGAAAUCUUCAAGCAGAUUACUGACUCGAUUGAUUCUGCGACUUUAGGUAUCAAUUCAACCCUCAUCUCACCAAAGACGAGACCAUCACCAAUAUCCUCGUCAAAGCCCUCACCGUAUUCCCAUCGCCAGACUUCUCCCUCGCACUCCACCUCCUCCCACCACAUAUUCUCACCCCGCUCUCUUCAUCUUCUGCUCUCCCAGCAGCCGGUGAUGCCCCUCUCUCCGAAGCUGUCCAAAAAUUGAAUGUCCUCAACAACCUCCUCGCACAAGCCUCGUAUGCUGCCUUCUGGAGCACCCUCGACAGCGAUGACCUGUACGCCGAUCUCAUCGCCGACGUCGCCGGUUUCGAAGAAUUGAUCCGCAUCCGAAUCGCUCUUACAAUCUCCCAGUCAGUCCGCGAAAUCGAGCGACCGGUUCUAGAGAGCUGGUUGGGUAUGCAAGGCGACGCAUUCAACAAAUUUGUCAACGGAGUUUGUGGAUGGGAAAUUGGGGGCACCGUUGUCAAGGUCCCAUUGAACAAAGAGAACGAGGCCAAGGGAACGAUUGUCAGAGAAAACGUCAAGAUGGAGCAAUUUUCAAGAGUCAUUAGAAGAGCAUAUGAACAGCCUGCUUGAGUGGAAUCUUGAGUGGUGUUGUAUCAUUAGCUCGUAGAUGAAGAUGGCUGCAUUGCAUGGCAGGGUACGGCACGGAGUGGUUGGGAUGGCGUUUCGGAGGCGUUUAACUCGUACAUAUUGGUCGAGGCAAUGAAGGAAUGACACAUCAUAAUUUGAUGAACAUGGUGAGCUUGAUCUCGUGGAUAGUGGAUAACACAAUAUGCCAGACAGCAAGAAAUAAGCAAAAUCACAUAAACACUCAGAAGCAUCAUUUCAUGUGACCAGUAUUUCGCCCGUCUAGUUGUGAGGACAGCCUAGAUCGCCUCAGUGAUGUUUAGCUCACAAAAUCAGAUUCAAAAGCAAAGACCUGAAAAGCCAAC